GGUAUUUUGUAAAGCUGUGGUCACUCUGCAAACACGGUUUAUUUUGCUGGUGAACAAGUUUGAUUAUUAUACUUUUACAAACAAAACCACUACAAUGGGCACAAAAAGACCCAACAACAGCGUGGUUUUGGCCCAGGAGGCAAAGCGGAGCAAAAGCGAUUUGGUGGCAUACACAAAUCGGGAUAAAGCGCUCCUUGAAUCGGGCGUGAGGCGUACCUCAAACCUGCAGGCACCCAUAAUGCAGCUGGAAGGGCAUGAAGGCGAGAUUUUCACAGCGGAAUUCCAUCCAGAGGGAGAGUUGCUGCUUUCCUCCGGGUUCGAUAGGCAAAUAUACAUCUGGCAGGUGUACGAUGACUGUGAGAAUGUUAUGGCCAUGUCGGGACACACUGGCGCUGUGAUGGAAGCUCACUUCACGCAGGAUGGCUCGCACAUUUUUACCUGCUCAACGGACAAAAGCCUAUGUCUGUGGGAUAUAGUCACGGGGCAGCGGCAACGGCGGUUCAAGGGUCAUGGAAACUUUGUGAACAGCGUGCAGGGAUCGCGAAGGGGCCAGCAGCUUCUCUGCUCGGGAAGCGAUGACCGUACCAUAAAGAUCUGGGACGCCAGAAAGAAACACGCCGCACACACUUUAGAGUCUCCCUUCCAGGUCACCGCAGUUUGUUUUGGUGACACUGGAGAACAAGUGAUCAGCGGUGGGAUCGACAACGAAGUGAAGAUCUGGGAUAUACGAAAACAGGCGGUCUUGCAUCACCUGCGAGGACACUCCGAUACGAUUACCGGAAUGUCCCUGUCGCCCGAGGGAGACUUUGUCCUGACAAAUGCCAUGGACAACACCUUGAGGGUGUGGGACGUGAGACCCUAUGCGCCUGGCGAAAGAUGUGUGAAGGUUUUCCAGGGCCAUCAGCACAACUUCGAGAAGAAUCUGCUGCGCUGCGCCUGGUCCCCCGGUAGCGAUAAAAUAUCCUCGGGUUCCGCCGAUCGACAUGUUUAUAUUUGGGAUGUUAACACAAGGAGAAUCCUGUACAAACUGCCCGGACAUAAUGGCAGUGUUAAUGACGUGGACUUUAGCCCAAAGGAGCCGCUCAUUCUCUCAGGCUCCAGCGAUAAGACCUUGUAUCUGGGAGAGAUAGAAGAAUGACCGUUGAUUAACACAAAGAGUGAGAGGAUUGCUUCUCUCUGAGACACAUCAUUGAAACGCAGGCUUGCUGUCAAUAAAUCUUUGUAAACCUCUAAGUCUAUUUUGAAAAUGAAAAGUAAGGCACUUUUUAAAUAGAGCCAUAAUAACUACGACUAACAAAUCUAAACGUGGCAUUGCAUUUUUCAAAAAGCCUCGUUAAAGUCGACAUGAUGUGGAUUUUAUUACAUGCAAAUUGCUGAUAAGGGGGAAAGUAAACGUUAAUGACUCAGACCCGCAAAUAAACAAGUACUGUAAAUUUGA